CGAAGCUAUUCAAUUGUUUGCAAGAGUUAAUCACAGAUUAUAGAUACUAUGUUUAGAGAGUUUUAAUUUCUUUUAUUUGAUUUUUUAGAUCCAAAUUUUUAUUACUCUCAUAUUUUAUUACUAUCUUUAAAUCUUUUAGUUGAUUCCCUUUUUUAAAAUUUUUAUCUUCAAACAACUUAGUAAAUUUUCUGCGAAAUGCAAUGUUUUCACAUAAAUAUUUUGUUUCUCCUUAUUUGUGAGUUAUAAUCUUGUGUAUUCUUCAGAGUUCUGUAAAUAGAACUCUAUUGAAAUUAAUUAGUGUUGUCUUGCCCUGGAAACAUUGAUAUAGUGAACAAGUUAGAAAUUUAGUGCCUAGAAUUAUAACGCAAUAAAUAUGUCAUCCGAAACGGCACAAGUUAGUUCAUUGCCAUUACCACCAAUGCAAUAUAUAAAUUUUUACACUGAUGAAAAUGUACGAAGGAACAGAGCGCCGCUGCCACCACGCCCUAUUCACGAUUCAUAUUCUAUGUUUGGACACUCUUUUAACGCUGAUGAUACAAUUAUACGGUCCUUAGAGAGUCAGGGUUUCAGACGACUAUAUCCUAUGCAUUUUGAAAGACGAAGAGAGUUGAAGAAACUUAACCAUUCUUUACUAGCAAAUUUCCUAGAUCUUUUGGAUUUGUUAGUGCAUUGUCCUGAUUCUCCAAAAAGAGCUGAAAAAGUUGAAGAUCUAAGUUUACUAUUUAUACAUAUUCAUCAUUUAUUAAAUGAAUUCAGACCACAUCAAGCCCGUGAAACAUUGAGGGUCAUGAUGGAGCUUCAAAAACGCCAGCGUGUUGAAACAGCUACUCGGUUCAAGAAACAUUUAGAUAAAGUUCAAGAUAUUUUACAGAAUGCAUUACAGAGUCUGCCUGACCAGAAUGAAAUUGAAUCAAACUUCAAGGUUCCAGUAGAAAUAUUAGAACACAUGGAUUGUAAUCCUAGUGACAGUGCUAAUGCAGACCCUUGUUAUGAACUGGAUCGAAUCAUGUGUAAUGUUAUUGAUAAUAUGAGAUAACAAGCUUUUAAAUUUAUUAUUAAAAGAUAAUUACAGUUUAA